AUGCUUGGGGUAGUUAAGUUUAGCCUCUGGGUGAUAACAGGUCUGCUGGCCGUGUUGACUGUUGUAUUUAAUGUCUAUAUCUUUUUGAUGAGCCUGUGGAACUACAAGCAGAAAAAGCAGUGGGGUCCCAGUGAUACAAUCAUCAUGGCUCUGUCGGUGGCGGAUGUGGUUCACCAGCUGGCCUGUUACUUCUGGAUGACCAUGGAUGAGGUGGACAGCGAUUGCCGCGUCGCCCAGCUUAUUUACGCCAUCCUGCUGCAGGUUAUCUUCAGUGUCAAGUUCACCAUUAUGUGGGACACCAGCUUUCUCACCUUCUACUACAGCACCAAGCUGGUCAACACCCCCGAUCACUGCUACACACACAUCCAGACUGCCAUCCUCAAGCACGUCACCUUAGCUGUUUUUCUCAUCCCUCUGUGCGGCCUGUGCACCUGCAUGCCGAUGGUCGUAAUCUUUCACCCAGACCACAAUGCCACAGAUGCAAACAAAGACUGCGGGGUUUUAGUUCCUGACACCAAGUCUGGCCUGGUUUACGAUGUCUUUUAUUUGUUCCUCGCUGAUGUACUGCCUGGGCUGCUCAUGAUGAAAUGCUGCAUCUCCAUCUCUGUUCACCUGGCAGUUCAUCUCCGCCACAUGAAAGCCAGCACCAACGGGGCCCACCUCCCGAAGCUGGGCGCCCAGAUGAGGGUGAUCGAGAUGGCUCUGUCUCUAGUGGCCGUCUUCAUUGUGUUCCUCGUGGUCGACCUGUACGUGAACUACCAAAUAGUGGUGAACCACGAGAACGACAUUGUGCUCACGUUCCUCUUCACGUCGGUCUACACGACUGUCAACGCCGUCGUGCUCAUCUACGGUAAAAAGAGCUUUUGGAAAGCGAUGUUACGUGAAUAUAAUGUCUUCCUAGAUGAAUAUCCGUGUUUGUCUUGUCUGAAGGUGCCUGAACAAAAGGCUAAAGCCAGCACUCCUGCAGAAGUCAAAAACUGA